GGACCCGUUUAUACAUAUUACGGAUUGACAAAUUUUUUCCAAAAUCAUAGAAUGUACAUAAGAUCGUACGACCCCAUGCAGCUUGUUGGUAAUACAAGAAAAAAUUUUACGGUAGUAAAGGAAGGAAAAUGUAGACCUUACAUGACCAUAAAUAAUAAAAUUAUUGCUCCGUGUGGCACUAUAGCCAACAGUUUGUUCAACGAUUCGUUUCAUUUAUUUUAUUUGAAAGAAUCUUCUAGAAAAAAAGUUGAGCUGCUGAACUACGGCUUGGCAUGGCCAACAGACAAGUUAUUAAAAUACUCAAAUCCUUCUAGAUUUCCACACGAUCCUGCACAAGCUUUCAGUGAGACCAUUCCUCCUCCCCACUGGAAGAGACCUGUCUACCACCUGGACCAGUUCAACGCCUCCAACAACGGUUACGUCAACGAAAAUCUCAUAGUCUGGAUGAGAAAUUCAUUCCUUCCUGACUUCAUCAAAACGCACGGAGUACUCAAACCAGAUGGAAUUUUUAACGAUGGACUGCCUGCGGGAAAUUAUAGUCUGUUAAUAAAUUACGCUUAUCCUGUGUUUCGUUUUAAUGGUACGAAAAGAUUCAUCAUAACCAACACAUUUUCACUUGGAGCCAGCAAUUAUUUUAUUUUGUUUUUUUUUUGCUUCGUAUCAAUUCUUUGCUUUAUAAUAAGUUUUGCUUUACUAUAUCUACGUAACAAAUUUCAUGCAAACAGUAGUGUAUAA